GGCGGCGGGCGCAGAGAGAGCCGACAUGUCGGGGACCCGCGCCUCUAACGACCGGCCCCCCGGCGCGGGCGGCGUCAAACGAGGACGGCUGCAGCAGGAGUUGGCGGCCACCGGCUCGCGCGUGACCGUGGUGCUGGGCGCGCAGUGGGGGGACGAGGGCAAGGGCAAGGUGGUGGACCUGCUGGCCAUGGACGCCGACAUCAUCAGCCGCUGCCAGGGAGGCAACAACGCGGGCCACACCGUGGUGGUGGACGGCAAGGAGUACGACUUCCACCUGCUGCCCAGCGGCAUCAUCAACAGCAAGGCCCUGUCCUUCAUUGGGAAUGGCGUGGUCAUCCACCUGCCCGGCUUGUUUGAAGAAGCAGAAAAAAAUGAGAAGAAAGGUCUCAAGGAUUGGGAGAAGAGGCUCAUCAUCUCAGAUCGCGCCCACCUUGCACCUGAGGGGAAAAACAUUGGCACCACCAAGAAGGGGAUCGGACCGACCUACUCCUCCAAGGCCGCCAGAACCGGCCUGCGCAUCUGCGACCUGCUCUCGGAUUUCGACGAGUUCUCCGCCAGGUUCAAGCAUCUGGCGCACCAGCAUCAGUCCAUGUUCCCUACGCUGGACAUCGACACUGAGGGCCAGCUCAGGAGGCUCAGGGGCUUUGCAGAGCGGAUCCGGCCCAUGGUGAGAGACGGCGUGUACUUCAUGUACGAGGCGCUGCACGGCCCCCCAAAGAAGAUCCUGGUGGAGGGGGCCAACGCUGCCCUGCUCGACAUCGACUUUGGGACCUACCCAUUUGUGACGUCAUCCAACUGCACGGUGGGGGGCGUAUGCACUGGCCUGGGGGUGCCCCCCCAGAACAUCGGCGACGUCUAUGGUGUGGUGAAGGCAUAUACCACACGCGUGGGCAUUGGGGCCUUCCCCACGGAGCAGAUCAAUGAGAUCGGUGACCUGCUGCAGAACCGCGGCCACGAGUGGGGUGUAACCACAGGCAGGAAGCGGCGCUGUGGUUGGCUGGACCUGGUCAUCCUCAGAUACGCCCACAUGGUCAAUGGCUUCACAGCGUUGGCGUUGACCAAGCUGGACAUCCUGGACACCCUGGAUGAGAUCAAAGUGGGCGUCUCCUACAAGCUGAAUGGGAAACGGAUUCCUUACUUCCCAGCCAACCAGGAGACCCUCCAGAAGGUGGAGGUGGAGUACGAAACCCUGCCCGGGUGGAAGGCUGACACCACGGCAGCCAGGAAGUGGGAGGACCUCCCCACCCAGGCCCAGAGCUAUGUCCGCUUCGUGGAGAACCACGUUGGGGUGGCAGUCAAGUGGGUCGGCGUUGGCAAGUCCCGGGAGUCGAUGAUCCAGCUGUUCUAGAAGAUGGCCCAGUGGGCCCCUGCGAUGACGGACAGGAAAGCUCCUUCUCCGGGCACCCCCUGCCCUUCACUGGGGCUCCACCAGGCGCCAGCCACGGGCUCAGAGCACAGAGGUUGGACACGUCCAGGGGAUUGGUGGCCCUGCUGCUACAACUUGUCAAUAAACAUCUCUGCAGGGG